UGGCUGAUGUUUGUCGUUAAAUCUUUACCAUCUGAUCUAAAAUACCGAAAAAACCUAGCAAAAGAAACUCUGCUGUUUUGCAUUCGCAGAAUUGCGAUGAAAAUCUCUUAAAUUUUGUUUUACAGGCUUAGAUAUGUGUGAUGCAUGUUCGGAUUUUGUACAACUUCUUGUUUCAUAUGAAGCGCAAGUUUGCAGAGAGAACAAUGAACAACCGACCCUAAGCAAGCACGAAAUCGACGUUAUUUACGUUUACGUGCAGACAUGGCCGGCCAGACAAUGCAUGUGCUGUUACCGCGACCCAAAAAACCUGGAAAGAUUCAGUUACAUCACUCAGGGCCUCAUUUACAUGGUUGUGUGUCAGUUGAAACAAUUAGCCGAAAAAGGUUCAGACACAAAAAAAGAAGAAAACAAAGAAGUCACCGAUAAAGAAAACGAGGUUCAAGACCGCGAUAAAUUACUGAUUUUAGUGUCAAAAGUGUUUCUAUUAAAUUUUCCGCUUUACGUUGCUUACAAACACACGAUUCAGGCCAAACUCGACGAAUUGACGCAACAAGAAAUGCAAAAUUUGAACCUAUUUUGCGAUUUACAUGACUCGGAAAUACCGAUUUAUUUACUGAAGAAUGUUAGUUGGUUUUGUAAAAUGGGGGGGCUGUUGGCUAUGACGGCGUGUUUUACGCAGUUGUCACCUGAACAAUUGCCGGUGUCGACUGCACAUGCAAUGAUUUCAAUUGUGAGUAAUUUAAAAUUAUGGAUGAACUAUAAGAGUAUGGUUUCUAUGUUGGUACCUCUGCGUUCUUGUGUUUUACGUUACAUGUGUAAAUUAUCAGAUCAGGAUUUACGGGCGCCUACCACAAAAAGCAUGGCAGAUUUUUUUCUAGACUUUAUGUGGAAUGCAAUCAAGGACCCUUUGGAUACUCCUGUUGCAUUCGACAUCGAUGGCCUUGAUUUAGCGUUUAAGUAUUUUACUUCUAGUACUUUAACAAUGAGACUAGCGGGAAUUACCCAAAUUAAUAACCAGAUAGGGGUUUUGGCCGAGAUUUGUGUUGGGGAAUCUCUGCCGGAAGCAGAAGCCGCCCCGAGACACAUGGCAGAUUGGCUGAUCAACAAUAAUAUAAUUUCGCAUAUUUUCGGACCCAAUUUACACGUCGAGGUUAUUAAACAGAGUCAUAUUAUUUUGAAUUUUCUUGCGAUGGAAGGGAGAAUAACUUGCGAACACAUGGAUAUAAUUUGGGCAGCAGCUCAAUUAAAACAUUGCUCAAAGCCGGUUCAUGAUUUACUUCCCGGGCUUGUUAAACAUUUAGCGGCUUCGCCGACUUUGCAUUUGUACAGUCUUUUGACUAAAUUAGAACCAAAAGAACACACAGAACAAACUUUAUAUCUAGCGUCGGCUUUGAUUAAGGCUGUGUGGUCACGUGGCGGGGGGGUACCGGAAGUAGGUUUGAUAAAUGUGGCGGCGUCUAAUGCAGGGAUAACGUUGCAUAAAUGUACAACAUCGUCGGAAAACAGUGUCAGUAUUGAUCCGAGUAAUUCCGAAGAAGAACAUGGUGAAAGUACGGGACAGUCUGAAAGUCACAAAUCGGAUAGCGAGGAUAUAGAUGGUGUAGAAAUAGAUGAAGAUGAUGGUCCCAUUGAUGGAGGCAGUUCCGGCCCCCCACCAUGUAAAUUAGCACGGAAACAAGCUAUAGCUCGUGUCCAUUGUGACGGAAGUAGUACCGACCCGGAAAUCGAUGGUAUUCCCAUCAAAUCACCAGCUGAAAAACCCAAGCGAUGUGCGGUUGUUCCAAAAGUCAAAGCCGAGAAACGACAAAUGUCUUCCGUCAGGAAAAAAAUCUUAUCAACUUUGAACGUCCUGCCUGAAGGAAUCGAAGCUAUUGGUUCGAGUAGCUCUCAAGACGAGGCCGACGUCGAAGAAGUCCCUGCCAAAUUCCGUAAACGACGUAAAAUGCUUCGUAAAACGCGGGUCAAGCGACAGAAAGGUGUUCACAAACGUGUAGUGGCGAUUAGCGGAAUCGAGGCUUUGAGCGAGGUUGAGGUAGAAAGUGAUUCGGAAAUGAAGGCGGCUUUGAAAGGCGUGGCAGCAGCUGCUCUAGUCCUCCCGGCACAAAUGAGCGGUUUGGUUGAAACGAAUUUAAAACCGGCCGAUUACUUGGACGAGAGCUCGUCUUGUAGUGAACUGGGUAAAGAGUCUGUCACUUUGGAAAGCCACGAAGCCGCCUGUACCAAUUUUCUCACUCUGCAUUCUCGCGGAGGUUUGAAUGUUUUUAGUCAUAUUUUGGAAAUGCUGAGCGGUGAGGAGGCCGAAGUUGAAGGAGAUGCCGACGGUAGUUACUCCUCGAGGAUGAGCAACAAGUCCGAAAAAAAUAUGGCCGAUUUUGACGGCGAGGAUUCGGUGUGUGAGGAGGAAUUGGCUCAGUUGAACGAACAUGCCCAGUUGAAUCUUCAUGCUUUAGCUAACCAAUCGCCGGAAAAGUCUCCAGUGAGAGUCGAUCCAAGACUUUCAGCGUGUUUUAAGGCCGAUAAUGUUUGCCAACCUGGAAAUACACUUUUAUGGGACUUGCUCCAAGAUGAUAAAAUCUGCCAUUUAGGCGAGGGUCUCGCAUUAGAAGCUGAAAAAACUUUAUGUAACUUAAUCUGUUAUACACCAGAUAAAGAAAUUCGGAUGAAAUUUAUCGAAGGUUGUUUACAUAAUUUAGCCAACAAUGUUUCGGUGGUUGUGUCGUUAAAAAUGUUACCUAAAUUAUUGACUUCAUUUCGAGGCAUUGAUAUGCACCACGUGACCCAUUGGGCCGAACGUCAGCACCACAUGAUGAAACACUUUUUCAACAAUUUAAAAACAUACACGGCCAACCCUUCAAAAUCUUUACCUCUCUAUACUCAUCAAAUGCAGGUUCAGGUCAGAUUACAUUUUCUUUCGGCUGUUUUUUCACCAGUGGUGUCUCCUAACACAUUCAAGCUGAGUAUCGAACAAGUCGAUACUUUAUGGGAAUGCUUGGCUCACGAUCCCGAAUGUUCUGAUGAACUUUUCAGUUGGUUACUCUCACAAACUAAAACUACUGAACUCCACGCGUUAAAAAUCGACGCCUUGAGACGCCUGUACAUGCACCAUUUACCAAGUCUGCCGCCGGAAAGAUUCAGUAUGAUUUGUUUAAGCCUUUUUCAACAAUUGUGUAGCUUAAAUCAUUUAUUAACGAUGAAUAUGGGAUCCGAAUCGAUUCGAGAAAGUUACAACGUCGGUAUGGACCAUAUGUGGAAAAUAGCCUUAAGGGCGAACAAUACUGAUGUCAGUAUGGCAGCUAUUCAAUACAUAAAUAGCUAUUACAUGGGUCAAAAUUUGCAAAACGAGGGCCAGUUUGUUUGGCAAUGUAUGACUCAUUUGAAGGCUGCAACAGAGGAUUUGAUCAGUGUGAGUACUCCGGGGGCCGAGGAAGCACCACUUUUAUGCAUACAGAGGGCGCUGUUGCUCAUGAAAAGUCACCUCGAGACGUUCCGAAGACGCUACGCUUAUCAUUUGAGGAGAUGGACUUUAGAGGGGAAAGGUAUAGGGAGUCAUUCGGCCUCGUCUGCCGACCGGUGUGGCAGCCCCCUGAGGCUUAUUGUCCAAUCGGGAAGUUCGACCGAGAGGUGUUACCUUGACAUGUUAAGUUCGGACUAUGUCGCUGAUCUUCGGGCCGAAAUCGUAAAAUGGUCUGAAGGCCCGAGCCAUAUGAAAAAUCAAGAGUCUGAAUCAAGUCAUAAGACCAACGAUACUUGGAUCCGACUCAUAACACAAGGUCAAGAGUUAACUAUAGACUGUGACGAGAAGACUUUGGGAGAAAUGGGUUUUAAAGACAACCAAAUGGUUUACAUUUCGAUUGGCGUGUCUAAAAAUAUGAAAAAGAGGGAAUGUUUGGAUUUACCAUCGAUGCAACCGCCCCCACCUCGCGAAUCCAUCCCGACGCUACUUCUUUUAAGGCCUAAUUAUUUUGAGCAGUUAUUUUCACUUAUGCAUACAUUGAGUUCGAUGAAAGUACCGGUGAAAGGAGGGCACCAUAUUCCGAAUACGAAAGCUCAAGUUUUGAGUCGGCGCGUUUGGGAUAUUUUGAGUUUGUUACCAACAAAUCCAACGCUGUUACAAGGCUUCAAACAGCUGGAUACGCCCCUGACUGAAUUACUUGACCCGUCAAGUGCGCAAAAAUUGAUGUAUUCAUUGUACAUCGUAGAGUCACUUAGUGCGAAAAUUUCGAAACCUGGAGAAAACGAUAAGGAAUCGUGGAGUCGUACUUUUAUUCAACAUGGCGGAUUACGCCAUUUAUUUGAUAUUUUUAUGUCGGGGGUUUUACAACGCGACGGAGGUAACGGCAGCGAAUGGCAACAAGACUGUCUUGCAUCCUUACUCAAAAUCAUCUGUCAGUUGGGGGUGGAGCCUCUUCCUUUAGAAUCUCGCCCGGUGCGGAGCGACAAAAUCGUGAUACCAAGCCUGAACGAAGCCAUGCUUGCAAUGAUCGACGUUAAGAGCACGAUGCCUCAACUUACAAGCAUUCUCGAAGAGGCGUCACAACCAAAGGAUCCCAAUCAUUACAAAACCGGUUUCUGGGGCCGCGCCCAAGUCGUCCAUUACGCCAUGUCUUUUCUCGUUUCGUGGUUACAUUGCAGUGAAGACGCCCGACAGGCUCUUUUUCAGUCACCAAAUUUCUCAAUUUGGCUACAAAGACUCGUCCUGGAGGACCCCGAGCCGGCAGUACGACGCGAAGUUUGCUCGGCGGUUUACAGAUUAUGUUUGGGAAUUUCGGCCAGCGGAGACAUGCUUGAAAGUAGUUUAGUAGCCCCCAUGCUUUCUGAGUUACUUCUCUAUUUGGAUAAAGCGGAAAGUAUGCGGUCACAAAAAUUCGAAGCGAUUCCGGCUCUAGAGGAGGGCAAAGAACCGUACGGUCCGGCCUGUAGGGAUUAUUUCUGGCUUGUAGCGCGGCUUGUUGAUAGUUUACCCGAUGAUUUGGUUAAAGAGAGCCUCGAGGAUCCGCAGAAUUGUGUUGUUGAUAUUAAUGGACUGACGAAUAAGAUUUCGAGGUCUCUAUUAUCGAGAGAUUAUCUAGAGGCAAGGCAUAGAACGAUCGAUGAUGAUGGCUUAAUCGGUUUGUUGAAUUUGUUGACGAAUUUGAUUAAACACCGACCGCCGUUUCAAGUCAGUAAACAAGGGCAGGAGUUAUUGGUUGAGGUUUUUAAGUUUUUGUUCGCUUUGCCAAGUCCGAAGUUGAGGCACGUGCCCAAGUGUAAGUCGCCGAGGUCGAGAACAGCUGCUUAUGAUCUUUUAGUGGAGUUGGUCAAAGGGGCGCCGCAAAAUUACUAUAUUUUACAUGAGAAAUUGCUCAAACAACACCAGCCCGGGCCCCACUCGCCCUACCCUUGGGACUACUGGCCCCACGAAGAUGGGCGUUCCGAAUGUGGUUACGUUGGCUUAACGAAUUUAGGCGCGACCUGUUACAUGGCGUCUUGCAUGCAACACCUCUACAUGAUGCCCCAAGCUAGAGCCUCGAUUUUGGCCGCCAACACCGAACAUUCGAAGCACGAGCCGACUCUCAAGGAGUUGCAACGGAUGUUUGCGUACUUGCUGGAAAGUGAAAGGAAAGCAUACAACCCUCGCAGCUUCUGCAAGGUCUACACUAUGGACCACCAGCCGCUCAAUACCGCCGAACAAAAAGACAUGGCGGAAUUCUUCAUCGACUUGGUCAGCAAAUUGGAAGAAAUGACUCCAGCUUUAAAAGCCGUUGUGAAGAAAUUAUUCUGCGGUGUACUUAGCAAUAAUGUUGUUUCACUAGACUGUGGUCAUGUUAGUCGCACAUUAGAAGAGUUUUAUACGGUUCGGUGUCAAGUUGCCGAUAUGCGAAACCUUUACGAAUCCCUCGAUGAAGUCACCGUCAAGGAUACUCUCGAAGGCGAUAAUAUGUACACAUGUUCACAAUGCGGUAAAAAAGUGCGUGCCGAAAAAAGAGCCUGUUUUAAAAAAUUACCGCACAUUUUAUGCUUCAAUACGAUGAGGUACACUUUCAAUAUGUUAACGAUGCUCAAGGAAAAAGUCAACACGCAUUUUUCAUUUCCAUUGAGACUAAAUAUGGCCGGAUAUGUCGAAAAACAAUUGAUGCCGCAACAUUAUCAAGAGGACAAAUUGAAACAAUAUGAACCGGAAGAUGAACAAUACGAGUACGACCUAAUCGGGGUCACAGUUCACACUGGCACAGCCGACGGUGGUCAUUAUUAUAGUUUUAUCAAAGAUCGAACUGCAGGAUCACGUGAUAAAUGGUUUUUGUUUAACGAUGCUGAAGUCAAACCAUUUGAUCCAAAUCAAUUAGCAGCCGAGUGUUUCGGUGGCGAAAUGACGAGUAAAACAUACGAUAGCGUUACGGAUAAAUUCAUGGAUUUCAGUUUCGAAAAAACGAAUAGUGCGUAUAUGCUUUUCUACGAGCGUUGUCCGAUUGUAACUUCGGAAAGUUCUGAAAGUUCUUCAACAACGCCUGAAUCAGGUGAAAGUAAUCAAAUACUUAGUAACACAUCUGUGGCCACAUUCGAGUUGAGUAAAGAAUUAGAGGAUUGGAUUUGGCAGGAUAACAUGCAUUUUAUUCAGGACAAAAAUAUUUUCGAACAUACUUAUUUUAAUUUUAUGUGGCAAAUUUGCGGCUAUAUCCCUCAGACUAUAUUACCGAUCGAGCCGGAUAUAACGCAGAAAGCAGCCCAAUUGUCCACUUCGUUUUUCAUCGAGACUUUUAUUCAUGCCAAAGAAAAGCCGACAAUGGUACAAUGGGUUGAAUUAGUAACUAAACAGUUUAAUGCAUGUCAGGAGGCUUGCGUAUGGUUCUUGGAACACAUGGCAAACGAUACCUGGUGGCCGGUUCAAGUAUUAUUAAAAUGUCCGAAUCAAAUGGUGCGACAAAUGUUUCAAAGGCUGUGCAUACAUGUGAUACAACGCUUGAAGCAGUCACAUUCUAGUUUAUAUUUAGAAAUCGACCGAGACAUUCCAACGGAAAAUAAAACGGUCGAACCUUCGAAAAUUGGAAAUGCGUCGUGUGUAACGAAAUUUAUCAAAACUUUAUUGUCACUCAUGGAACACGGAGCUAAAGCUCAUUUAAAACACUUGACAGAAUAUUUCGGUUUUUUGUACGAAUUUAGUAAAAUGGGUGAAGAAGAAUCAAAGUUUUUGUUAGCUGUAGGUGCUAUUAACUCUAUGGUACAUUUUUAUUUGGGACAAAAAGCGAACGAUUUUGUUGAUGUAAGUGAAGGUGAGGAAGAAGAGGAAGUCGUUGCUUUACCUAGUGAUAAAUAUAAACCGGCUUCUCUUGACAAGAUGAUAACAUUAGUAGCGUCACUAGUUGAAAAAAGUCGUGACUCUAAUAUGAAAUUACAAUUAAGCGAGAAAGAUUAUAGUGCAGUGGCCGAAGGCAAAGGUUUUCCGUUUUUGUAUCAACAAAUCAAAGACAACAUUAAUUUACAGCAGACCCGUAAUUUAAUUCAUUCGCUGUGUCGAGGAAACAAUCAGUUAGCUCAAUCGAUUAUUUGUAUGAUCUCACAAGCGAUUUCAAGACAUUCCGAUACCUCACAACCCUUUUUUAAAAUCCUAACCCUCCUUACCGAAAGUACAGCCCAAGGUUCAGGUGGUUCAUCAUCCCAGCCAUGUUUCACACAGUUAGUUUUACAGAAGGUGUGGGAAGCCGCGGAAUGUUGUCCCUAUUCGGCUUUGGAUUGGUUAGCUUUACAAGUGGUAAGAAAUCGAUUGGUGCAUCAGUGGGUCUUAAGUUCGAUGGAUUCGUGGCUGGAACACUUUCUCAUCGCCCACAGCAAUCAGCGAGUUCGAAAUGCGGCCGGUUAUUUACUUGUGAGUUUGGUACCGAGCGCCCCCUUCCGGCAAGGCUUCCGCGCCACGCAUCGUAUGCAAAGAGAGCCACAACUGACCAACGAGGCUCAAACAGUGCUUCAUCAAAUUUAUACAGGCCUGUUGAGGUUAUUAUCAUCGGCUAAGCACUACACAGAUAUGCAACAGCACGGCACGAUGAAACUGACGACGUAUUUUGCGUUGUUGAUGUACUGUUGUGUGUCAAGAACGGAGAAAUUAAUGUUCGGUCAGUACUUCCUCCAAUUGUGGCACUUGUUUCAUCCGAAAUUAUCGGAACCUUCAAUACCGGCAUAUCACAACAAACAAGCAUUGUUGGCUUUUUGGAACCAUGUUUGUGUCGACUGUCCCGAGAAUGUGCAAUUAAUGUUACAGAAUGCUCACGUUACGAAAAAUAUUGCUUUUAAUUAUAUUCUUGCCGACCACGACGACCAAGAAAUCGUCUUGUACAACCGCGCCAUGUUGCCAGCUUAUUACGGAUUGUUACGAAUGAUGUGUCAGCAGUCUCGUAUUUUCACUAGACAUUUAGCUCAACAUCAGAAUUUGCAAUGGGCUUUCAAAAAUAUUACCCCACAUCCGACUCAAUACCCCCAAGCAGUGGAAGAAUUAUUCAAGUUAAUGCAGUUAAUGGUCAUGAAACAUCCUGACAUGACUGAAGCCGAACAGAGAGAAAUCUGUAGUUUUAGAAGAAACACGUUAAUGACGUAUUUGCAAUGUUUAGAUGGUAGGACGAGUUGGGGGACUCUAAUUUCGGCCUUUAGAAUUUUGUUAGAGUCGAACGAUGAUAAGCUUUAUGUGGCUUACAAUGGAGGCUUACAAAUCGUUUUUGAAUGUUUCCAAAACUUGCACAUAAUGCUACACGAAGCCACCGCUUGCCACGUCUCGGGUGACCUGAUGGACAUCCUCACCAUAAUGCAAGACCUCGUUCGCUGCGUGCGUACUUACCGCGACAACAAAGACGCUCGCGGCAUCCUCCUCGCCACAAAAGACUGGCUGGAAGUCCUCCGCAAGUUGGCAACACUGCUCAACACGUACAACCCGCCGGAAAUGCGUUCGUUAUGCAUCGACGUGUUGAAGGAGUUUGUCCUGAUCAUGGCACCGGAAGUGAUGCAGAUUUUGGUGCCUCUGUUGUCACAUUGCCAUUCCGCUUUUCAGGAUAGUCACGAUGCGGUACCGUUAGGGCCGUAUUUCCCUCGACGGGGACAUACAUUGCCCGUAGUAGCCGGAAAAGGGGGCGCAAGGCCCCUAAGACCGAUGGUGCAGAUGACAGUGCCACAUAAUCAAUUAGAGUGUAGUCGCGGAGUCGAUCCUGAAUACGACGAAGCAUUGGAUAAGUUUUACACGCCGUAUCAUGAUUUUAUCGAUAUGUUGUUCAGGUUAGCGGUAAAUAAUGACACGGUGACGGAGGUUUUGGUUAAUUUGAGUGCGGUGGUUGGGUUUGAGGCGGUGCCGUUGCAUUCGACGUAUUUUCCGAAGUUGUGGUUGGAUCUACUCAAAGCGCAACACAUCGACCGCAAGUACAUCUCGAUGCUGACAAGUUGCAACUACUUUGUUGACUACAUCGACGCUGUUCUCCUUGACGAGAGGUCAGCUCUUACAGUAAAUGUAAUUUACGAAUUCUUGGUGGCAUUUUUUCCGAAAGUCUCAGCACACGUCCUUUCUGAACAAACCCUCACAAUGAUCGACAAUACGGUAGUAGCUUUAAGCGAACAAGUUGGAUCAUUGGAAGUCACAAAAAUGGCGAAACGGCUCUCGGGUGAUUUGCGAGCGCUGAUUUUGGUUUAUAGUAGCCCUGAGGCUGUACCUCCGCCCUUGCUCAAAAACACGCUCAAACAAUUGCAAAGUAAAGUGAGUGUGGAGAUCGAGAAGAGUAGUAAAGAUAAGGAAACAAGUGAAAGUUGCGAAACAAAGGAAGAUAAACCUAGCACCUCGAAAGACACCAGUGAUAAAAAAAGUGACAGUGAUUCGGAGACGCAAAAUACAUCGUGUAGUGACGAUAGUGCUGAUGAGAAAAAAGGUCCGGUGGAAAAUUUAAAGUUGUUGGAUACGAUACUGAAUGAAUUACUCGCCAUUGUUGAUAAAAGGGCUUAAUUUCUGAUUUUGUAUUGACCAAUCUAAGUGUUCUUUACACGCUUUUCUAUGUGUUUCAAGUUUUGUAGAUUUUUGUAUAUUUUGUAGCUUUAAUAUCGGCCGAAUGUCGGAAAUUAGCAGGGUUUUGCCUUAAGUUUAAUGAAAUCGAAUUUUUAUUAAUUUAAGAAUGGAUCUAAUAUAACGUCGUUGAAAUGCUUGUAACUCUUCAUUGUUUCAGCUUAAAUUUUCACUGUAAACUUUUUCAUUACAAGACUGUUACAAUAAAAUAUCUCUUUUAUAUGUUGCA